AGUCGUACGCCGCGCAACGGGAGCGACGGUCGCCGUCACGCACGUCUCCCCGCUCGUAAACCAUCCGUUUUUUUUCUGUCUGUCUCUCUCUCUCUCGCGCUCUCACUCUUUCUCUCUCUCUCUGUCUCUCCUUUCUUUCCUUUCGUUAAAGGCGACGUAACAGUGUCCUCGCCACCGCCGCGCGCGCUAUGUGACGGACAUCACGGGGCACCGCAGCGUGUACCCCGCCUCGAAGCCACGCAUCGUUUUCCCUACGCCGGACUCUACCCCCUCGGCGAGCCCCCUCGCCCUUUACCGAGACCUACCCCACCUCCCUCCUCCGUCUCCUCGCCCCUGCCCUUUCCCCCCUAGCCGUUCCUCGUCCGCCGCCCGGUUGUGGAAAAAGAGAAAGACGGACUGCGUCGUCAACGCUCGCGCGACGACGGCGACGACUACGACGACAACGACGGCUACCACGACGACGACCACGACGACGACGGCGGCGACGAGGCGGCCACGAGGGCCUCGUGGAGAAGCGUGCCUGGAGAAAACAUGGAGUGUCCGCACCUCGCUCAGAGCGUGCGAUUCGGCGAUGACAACGUAGAUGGAUCGGGCUGUGCUGCGAAGGAUCUGCCGUUCGUCUGCGCAGUAUGCGGCACCGAGAAGAGUCCCUGGCUCUGUCUGCACUGCGGAUCCGUGCAUUGCGGACGGUACGUGGCGGGCCACGCGUUGCAGCACUACGAGACUAAUACUCAGCACUGCGUGUGCAUAGACUGUGAGAGCCUGGCAGUAUUCUGUUACACCUGCGACGAAUACGUGGUGAACGACACCACGAGCGGGCAGAUCGAGAAGAUACGGCGCGUGACCUUUCGUAAGGACGAGCACAAGGAGAACGACGAGAGCUGGAGCACGUCGCCGCCCACGACGCCCCCGUCGUCGAGGACGCGCGACGGCGGCGGCGACGACCACGACAAUGACGACCCGGACGCCCUGUGGAAGGCGGAGGUGGUCGUGAGGAACCUACGGCCGAGGACGGCGCGGAAGAGGCUACACUCGCUGGACGCCAGCAGCGCGGACAAUCGGCCGGCCAAGCGGCGCAGCUCCAAGAGUACCAAAGAGAAAAAGGUCGUCGGCCUGAGGAACCUCGGUAACACCUGCUUCAUGAACGUGGUGCUGCAGUCCUUCAACAACAUCAGCCACUUCUGCGAGUACCUCACGCAGAUGCCGUGUCUCGAGGGCAUCGCCUUCGACGAGUCGACGGGGCCGCCCACUCACCGCGGUCGCAUCGUCACGCCGGGCCGCGCGAAGGAGAUGUCGAUGAGCGACGCUCUGCUCGCGGAGGAGCUGCGAAAGGUGCUGCUCGGCCUGAGCCUGGGCGGCUCCAACGGCCAGGCGAUAUCGCCCGAGUGCCUGUUCCUGGCCAUCUGGAAGGUCGUGCCGAGAUUUCGGGGCUACCAGCAGCAGGACGCCCACGAAUUUCUCACCUACAUGCUCGACCGGCUGCACACCGAGCUGCUGCAGCUGCUGCCCAGGCUGGGACACGAGCCUCUGGGAUUGCGCGGCAAGCAGAGCAUCGUCACUGCCGUGUUCGGGGGCACUCUUCUUAGCGUGGUCCACUGUAUGAACUGUCGUACGGACUCGAAGACGCACGAGCCCUUCCAGGACCUCUCGCUGGACAUACCGGACCGACUGCAGAGGAGCAGGACGAAGGAGCAGGAGGAGGUGUGCAGUCUGACCUACAGUCUCACGAGAUUCUUCAAGGUCGAAGAGCUGGCCGACAGCGAGCUCUACUUCUGCGACAACUGCAUGGGCAAGCAGAGGUCUACCAAGAGGUUCUGGAUACACAGGCUGCCUAACGUGUUGUGCCUUCACAUUAAAAGAUUUAGGUGGUGCAAUUCCUAUCGCUCGAAGGUGGACACGCAGGUGGAUUUCCCGAUGGAGUCUCUCGACAUGUCCGCGUUCACCGUGCGCGGCGUCACCGGGACGAGAUUGGGCGCUCAGAAUAGUCAUCUUUACGACUUGGCUGCCGUUAUCGUGCACCAUGGUUCUGGUGCCGGUACUGGACAUUACACUGCCUUCGCCGUGCAUGACGGCCAGUGGUUCCAUUUUAACGACAGCUCGGUACGGCCCGCGACUACCGACGCCGUCGCUAAAUGCAAGCCUUACAUUCUGUUCUACGUGCGGAGGGAAUUCUCCAUUCCACCCCCCUUGUGACGUCGUUUCCCCGAUAAGAAGCCCCGUCCCGGCAGCACGAGCCUAGAUGACGACGAAGAGGACGACGACGACGAUCAGGACGACGUGGAGCGAACGAAAGAGAACUGAGCGAACGUUCCUUGCGAAUCUCGAAGCGAGCAAACGAAACGGAAGAGAGAUCGCGCCUCGAGCGCUUCGAGAGAUCGGAAGACGAAGAUUCGUCCGCUUAUCGCAUAUUAUAUAUAUAUAUAUAUUAUAUCCAUGAUUGCUCAUUGUUGCCAAAUCGUACAAUCUUGUUAGAAGCGUAAAUUCGUCCGCGUUUCGCUAUCGCGCCUCGACAAGCCGCACACGACGACCUUUGAGACGCGAUUGGGAUAACCGGCCGCAGACAUAAUUCCGCCGCACGUUAAUCGCACGAGCGCGUCCCUCCUCGCGCUUUAUCAGAUGAUUAAAAUCGUGCAGCUCUUAAAUUAGCUCGAUGUCCGUCGAAGAAAGGUCGACCGAUACGGAGCGUGUGUGAGCGCGCGUGCUGAUACCGUAUCGUAUCUCGCUGCAGAUUGUUCUCACGAUCUUUCUCACCGCGUCUCUUCCUUCCGUUGGAGAUGCCGUAGCCUCUCCGCUCGAAAGCUGAACCUACAGUGGACGCGGCAAGUCGUAAGCCGCAAGAAAUUGACCAAUCACGGCCAAAUAUGACAAGACUAAUCGACUGUCGUCGGCCGAUUUCUCGCGGCUUGCGACUCGCUGCGUCUAUAGAUGCAGCCUAAAAGCAUAGAGGAAUUUUUCUUUUCGGAUCGUUUUGUUUCGAUUAUAGAUCGAAAUUGUGAUUUCUAGAAUUUUUUUUUUCUUUCAUGAUUACUGCGCUGGAAAGUGUUGCUUUAUUUUGCGAUUAUUUCAUCGACACGUUCGAAUCAUUCUCAAAUCGCGCGUUAUUUUUCUCCUAAACGGAUUCUUAAUCAUUUUUCUCUAUACUUUACUUUUUUCUCACGGGGUUCCUUGAUUAGAAAAUAGUUAAUUUCCUUUUUCCCGUAGUAUCUAUUAUAUCUAUAUGUAUAGAUAUGCGAUCUUGUCGCUUUAUAAAUACACGUUCAUCUCUACCGAGAUGCCCCGCUACGCGCGCGGCCGCGGAUCUUAAUUACUCGACAGGGCCGGGUUUGCGGGGCAACUCGGUAAAACUCGAAGACGCGACGACGCGGACGGGCGAGCGACGGAGAGAGUGGGUGAGGGAGAAAGAGAGAGAGCGUCGUGAUGUAUGAUUGACGUCGAGCACGCAUGCGUAUCGUGCCGAUGCACGUAACGCGCAUGCGGUCGCGUGGAGGUGCGCGAUUGUAUGCGAGGCAUGUGCCGGCGGACGGAGCUUCUCUUCCUUUCUCGGCGAUGACGACGACGGGGAGAGAGAGAGAAAGAGGGAGAAACGAAGGUAGAUAGAUAGGACGAAAGAGAGAGAGAGAGAGAGAGAGAGACACAGACGAGUGCGCUCGAGGUGGAUCGCGGAAACGCAUUGCCUUUAGCGUCGAUUUUCUUUACGCUCUUACGCGCGGCGGCCGUCGACCGCCCUCCCCUUACCUUG